AUGCUGUUAGGUAUUCGAUUCGACAUUCCAAAUAACAUUGAAGUAACUGAUCGAGUAUCAGAUGAAUUUUAUUCUUAUUUUCAAGAUGUAGCAAAACAAAAUACGUUGAUUUAUGAAAAAGUUUUUGCUACAAUGAAAGCUCAACAAAUAUUGAAAGGUAUUCAAAGAUUUGUUAUCGAAUGUCUAAUUUAUUUUCUUGAUAAAGAAAAUUAUUUACCUAAUAUGGUUAAAGAAAAACGUUUAAUUGAAAUAAUUCAUCAAUUAAAUUGUCGAUAUAAUCAUAUAGAUGAUAGUUUAUCAAAUCGAACAGGAACAUCAUUAUCUCCAUCACUAGGUGAUGCACAAGCUGCUAGUCCUGAAUAA